AUGGCGUAUCUCGCUGAAGACGAUGAGACCCUGAUGCAGCGCAUGGCGUCCAACAACCCAGCAAUGACAAUGGCCGCUCCCUCGCAGAUGGCGACACGCUCAGACUUUCCUGCAAGCCGUCUUGGACGGAGCAACACCGCGGCCACGAGCCAGAGCCUCGCAAGACGAAUCACUUCGAGAUCAGACCCCGCUGGUGAUGGUCUAUCACCCAUAACCACUGGCGACUCCGCGGAAGAAGGAAAAUCUUCUCCUGCGGAUGCCGAAAUGGACAUCUCGACGUCGAAGUAUGAUGUGGGUUGGAGAAGGGUUGUUCGCAAUUUCAGCCCUUCGUGGUUCUCGGUGACGAUGGGUACGGGCAUCUGCUCGCUCCUGUUGAUUACGAUCCCUUGGAAGGCAGCAUGGCUCUACUGGUUGAGUGUCGCGUUCUUCAUCCUCAACUCCAUCCUCUUCAGCCUUGCGUUCAUCAUCUCUUUGCUGAGAUAUACGCUGUACCCCGAGAUCUGGCGUGUCAUGAUCAAAGACCCCACCAUGUCACUAUUUCUCGGCACCUUCCCGAUGGGUUUCGCCACUCUGGUCGAGUCCUGGAUCUUCCUAUGCUGUCCCUACUGGGGAUACUGGUCCGUGUGGGUAGCGUGGUUGGCCUGGAUGCUUGACGUGGUCAUCGCCGUUGCGGUCACUGUGUCUCUCCCUUUCCUGCUGAUGAGUCAAAGUGACAACCAUGGACUGGAAAGGAUCACCGCUGCACAAUUACUUCCCAUUGCUGCCACCAUCGUGGCAUCCGGAACUGGGAGCGAGGUCGCGGAGCUGCUAUCGUCUCCGGACCACGCGUUCGGCACCAUCCUCGCCUCGUACGUACUUUGGGGACUAGCUACCCCUCUUUCAAUGACCGUUCUGGUGAUGUACUACCAACGGCUGGCGCUCCACAAACUUCCUCCGAGGGAGGUCGUGGUAUCGUCGUUCCUUCCGAUCGGACCCCUGGGAAUGGGUGGCUACACCAUCAUGUACUUAGGCAAGGUCUCCCGCGAGGUCUUCCCGAGGGUUGAGCUCUUUCGCGAUCUUGUUAUUGCCGGAGACAUCGUAUAUGUACUCGGUGUGUUCAUCGGCUUGAUCAUGUGGGGGUUUGGACUUUGUUGGCUCAUUUUCGCCGUUGCGACAAUCUACUCGACAAGGCCGUUCCCCUUCAACAUGGGUUGGUGGGGCUUUACAUUCCCGCUGGGCGUGUACGCCAUCUCCACGAUGACCUUCGGCGUGGAAUUCCCGAGCAUGUUUUUCAAGGUGUUUGGCACGAUUUUGAGUGUUGCUGUUAUUCUACUGUGGUGCGUCGUCGCGACAGGAACAGCAAAGGGAGCAUGGAGCGGAGACUUGUUCUACGCGGUGUGCCUCAAGAAUCUGCCGCCGAAGAAGGCGGAUGGCGAUGUCAAGACCGGCGCAAGUGUUGUGGACAAGGAGAAAAUACCCAGCAGUUGA